AGCUUAUCCACGCAUCAACACCACACCAUCGUCUCGCCGUCUGCCUCCGUCUCUUGCGUUCCACGGCCUUGGCCUGUCAGUCUUCCAAAAAGAGCGGAAGUGAGCCGGUACAGGGCAGUCCGUACUCAACCUCACCGGGUGGGGCUGACCAUUCAGUAUAUACAAAGAGACAGCAUUUACCAUGUUUCCAUGUGCGGAAAGACCAAUACUGCCAGACCAUGUUACGACGAUCAACUAUGCCUUGGACUGGCCACAUCUACAAAAUCCCAGCAAUACCACAUUUGCAGGACUGACACAGAUUGACAUCUGCCAUUGCCAAAGAACAGACCUCUCUCCGCAGAAAGAUACCGAGCCGGGUCACAUAUACACUCGAUUGAAGUGCAUAGAACCCGAAGUUCGCUUCAAGACGGCGAAAGAAGAUCUAUGGGUAUUGGAAGCCCCCCAUGGACCCAUCAACAUGUUACGACCGGCUACAGAGGAAGAAAAAGCCCGACGCAGCCAAAUCCACCCUGAUGCAGAUCCAUCCGUGUAUCAAGGCCAAAAUUUUCUCUUCCUGACAGGACCCUGCCCCCGCGGAAGAUACCAGGCAUACGCCACACAAAAAUGGCUGGAGACUCUGACGCCCGCUGCUCGAAAACACAUUUCAAGUCUAUGUCUGCUCAUCCAGCCUUACGAGGAAGACUCUUCUGCCGAGGCUACGCGAAGAGCAUACACAGACCUCGCCGAGUAUCUUGUACAACAAGCCCCAGAAUUUGAAAAACUCUACCUCCUUGUCUGCUCAAAUGGGAUGCAAUUAUGCAGCGCAGCAAGCGAGUUCAGCAAACUCCUUCACAGCAGAGACAUCAAGAUCAUAGUAGUCGUCGAUGAUUGCUGCAGCAGGGAGAUGACAGAGUACGACGAUCCUGGUUUAUUCUCGGAAACUAUGAUGGCCAUGGCACGUCGGCCGCCUCCGCUCCAGACGGCCAGUGAACCGCCACAGAAAUGUGAGACUGAUGAGCAUAGGUCCGAGGUUGUAGAACCAAGUGAGCGGGAUAAAGAAAAAGAGGGGAUGGAGGAAGGGGAUGAUAAUGGAGAAGAUAAGAAGGAGAAGGGUGAUGACGAAGAAGAAGAUAAGAAGGAGAAGGGUGAUGACGAAGAAGAAGAAGAUAAGAAGGAGAAGGAGGAACAAGGAAGAGAAGACAGUGUUGAUGGCGAUUGGACUGAUGCGACCGUGAGCCCUACAUCACCCCAAAACGAGUUGGACAAGGAUUGGCAGAUGUUGUGAUUCACAUUAUUCAAACGUCAUAUACACACGUACGAAUUAUGUCAGUUACCAUGCACAUAUUCAUUCAAGCGUCAGAUCAAGCAUGUGAAGCAGAAAGGAAACAAUUGAAUAAACCGGCCUGAGUAUGUGGAUAUCAAACGAGCGUGGUAGAAAAUAUACACACGUGAAAAGGGGGGGCAUUACA